UAGCAAUAAAAAUACUAAGACUUUUUAACGCUUGAAGGGAACCCUCGAUGCGCGAGUUCAACUCGCACUGCCGUUUUUUUAUCUCAAUGAAUUAUGUAAAUAACCACAUAUUAAGUAUAAAAAUAACACUUGAUCGUGUUAUAAAUUGCCGUAUCAAAAAGACAACAAAUGAACCUGAUUUAAACAUAUAUUUUGAUACAAACAGAUAUUUGAACACUUAAAACAAUGAAACAAUCUGAUAAGGUACAAAAAUGUGGUUAGGUGUAUAUAUACAUGCUGUUCAGGUUUCCACUUUUAAUUGAAAUAAAAUAGUGAAGUUAAGUGUGUUAAAAUGACGGUGCAAGCGAAUACUACUGGCCAUACUUACUGGCAAUGGACUUUUUCCUUAAUAGCCAGCAUGGGCUUCAUGGUCUAUGGCCUAGAAGCAGCUUGGAUAUCUCCCACUACUAAGAAGCUGCAAGCUGCUGACUCCCCUCUAGGUGCACCAGUAACAAACCAGGAAAUAUCCUUACUGGCCAGCAUCAACUGCUUAUCAUCAGCGCUGGUUGUGCCAAUCUUUGCCAUAUUAGCAGAUAGAUUUGGAAGGAAAUGGGUCGUCUUUUCCAUUACAAUUCCAGCAAUUCUAUCAAUCGUACUCAGGAUAAUGCUGCCAAAUAUAAUAGCUCUCUCCAUAGCAAGAGCAGCCGCUGGGAUGUCGGCGUCUGGUGCAUUUGCUAUCACACCAGUCUACAUCCGUGAACUGAGCCAGAACAAUCUUAUAGGCGUCCUAGGAUCCAUAUCAGUCCUUCUGCAAAACCUAGGAUUCCUGAUAAUGUACUUGAUCGGCGCAUACUUUGAUUACUUCACGGUGUUGUGGAUAUUUUUAGCAUUCCCUUUAGUUAUGGCAGUGUUAAUGUUAAAGGCCCCUGAAUCUCCUGCCUUUUUGGUUAAGCGUGGGAAAAUAGAUGAAGCCUCCAGGGCAGUUGCCUUUCUAAGAGGUCUAAAAACAGAUGAUAAAGAAGUUAAAACUGAAAUAGAGUACAUGCAAAACCAAGAGGAAACGUUUAAAAAUCUUCCCAAGGUUGACUUGAUAGCUAUAUUUAAAGAUAAAGCUUGGCGUCGCGGUUUAUUUUUAAUGCUCCCUAUCUUUACAAUACAAGCGUGGAAUGGUGCUUUUGCAAUAAUAACGUAUGCAACUGCCAUAUUGGAAUCAACAGGAAAUAAUUUCGGAAUCAGUCCGGAAUUGCUAACAUUGAGUUUUCCAAUCGCCAUGAUUAUUGCUUCGUUUGCAUUUACUAGCAUCGCGGAGAGGUUUAAUCGAAAGCCUCUCUUAAUAGCAGCAUACCUCAUAUCAGCGAUCUCUCUCGCGGGAUUGGGCAUAGCACUACUCAUACAGUCCUACGGCUAUACAAUCCCUGGCUGGUUACCAGUCACUUGCAUGAUUAUAGCUGUUGCAUUCUACGCUGGUGGAGUGAGGGCAUCUCCGUAUAUUAUAACUACGGAAAUGUUUAACUUUCAAGCUCGGGCCAAAGUGAUGGGCUGCAUAGGCACCUAUGCCUGGUUAUCUGUGGCUACCCAGCUUUAUGCCUACGCACCAUUAAUAGAUACUUUUGGAAUACACACGACGUUCAUUUUCUUCGGUUUCCUGAAUCUUUUGGGAGCUUUAAUUACCUGUCUCAUUCCCGAAACGAGAGGAAAGACUGAUGAAAUGAUUAGAGACGAACUGGCGAAUGGGAAAAAGAAAUAAUGGAAAAGUAACAUAAUUAAGUUCGAGUUUUGUGCAAAGAGAAGUAAUUUCUUGCGUGUUUCUUUGUAAGAUGGUGACUAGUCUUCUUUUAAAUAUUUUAUGUUUAAUGUAGAUAAAAUGUUAGUCUUGGCUGGACACCUAUUACGACAAAUUAAUAAAUAGUAACUCUAGAAGUUAUUCCGUCGUAAAUACUGUGUUUUGUACCUAAUGAUGACCACCGUAGACACAUCAAAGUAGCUACAGGAAACAAUGCCAAUGAUUAUUAUUUUAGCUAUUAUUU